AUGCCGUUUACCUACAAAAAGGUCUUGGUCAUUGGCGCCACCUCCGGGAUUGGCAAGGCUUUGGCCGACAAGCUCGUCGAGAAUGGAACCCAGUUGAUCGUCUGCGGACGGAGGCAGGAAAAUCUGGAUGCUUUGGUGGCACAGCAUGGCAAUGUUCAAGUCAAGGCCAAGGCUUUUGAUAUCAUGCAUCUCGAGCAAAUCCCUCAGUUUGCCUCGGAGAUCAUCGCAGAAAACCCUGAUCUCGACUGCGUCUUCGCGAACUCGGGGAUCCAGCGACCCUUUGACUUUUCAAAGCCGGACACUGUCGACCUGGACAUCUUCGACCAGGAGUUGAUCACCAACUACACCUCGGCCGUACGCCUGGCCAAGGCAUUCAUUCCCCACCUCCAGAAGCAGUCAGCUCAAACUGCCCUUGCAUUCACCACCUCACAAAUGGCGCUGGUGCCCAUGAUGCGCUGCCCAAACUAUGGUGCUUCGAAGGCGGCCCUGCACCAUUUCAUUCUGGCUCUGCGCACGCAGCUGCAGGAUGGGCCGGGCAACAUCAAGGUGUUGGAAAUCUACCCUCCCGCCGUCCAGACGGAGCUGCACGAUGCCAAGCACCAGCCAGACCUGAAGGAUGGUCACUUGAUUGGGAUGCCGCUGCAGGAAUUCAUGGACGAAGUUUGGUCACGUUUGCUGCAGGGCGAGGAUCAGAUCCCGGUGGGCUCGGCCAAUGACAUUUUCGAUGCCUUCGAGACCAAGAGGCAGACGAUGUAUCAGCAGAUGACCGAGAUGCUCGCUGGCCUGUUGAAGCAGUUUCUGCGGUAA